AUGGCUGCUGGGUCAGCAGAAGAGAGGUCGCUCACAGAGGGGGCGCCACGCAUCAAGUUCGCAUGCCACCCUUCCACCGAAGAUGCAGAACAAAAGCUGGGACCUCUCUUCUCGGAGUUUCGCAGCCUCUGCGAUGCGCUGUCGGGUGCUGCGAUCAUGCUGGAGGAUAUUGGCGCAGCGCCUGUACUGCCUGAUGGUUUCGUUGCUGGCAACUGCUCCGCGCUGCUGCAGGGAGCAGCGGAGGAGAUGCUUCUUGUGACAAGAUCAGGGAAGGAUGCAGGUGUGCGGCCCAGUGAAUCAGACUUUGUGGCAGUCCAAUCCUUCGACUGGAACGAGUGGAGCUGCUGCUUCUGCCCUGCAAAGAUGGGGGCAAGACCCACGUCUGACACGCCCUUGCACUGGGCUUGCAUCAUGAAAGCCGCGGAGACGUUCAACUGGCCUGAGCGGCCAUUGGUCGCCUUGCACGGGCAUGCUCUUGCCGAGAAGGAGGGUCUGGAGAAGGCCAAAGCACUCAAGCUCCCGAUCAGUCACGAGGAGACGCUCUUCAGCACGCCAGAGGACGUCGAUGCCCUGAUGGAACUGUUCAAAGCCUUCCCGUAUCCGGAGAACAAGGUGUUCAUCCGCAAAGGUCACGGGUUCUUGAUUCUGUCCAGCAGUGUCGCGGCUGCUGUGGAGGAGGCGGCCUUGCUGAAGAGGAAGGCAUCGAGGUUGGAGAGACCGGUGCUGGAUCGAAUCGUCAACAGCAAUGGUUUCGAGGCUUCCAGCAUGGCUUCCAUCAUUCUUUGCAUGUUCUUUCUGGGUGCAGAUGCAGCCUGCUUCCCAAACUGCGGUGUGGGGAUGAAGGACUUCUACGAAGUCAUGAACAAUGUGUUUGUCUUCCUUUUUUUGGCAGAGUGGAUCCUGCGUGUUCUCAAAGACGGCAAGGCAUACUUCAUCCCCUUGAAGGCCGAGCACGUCUUCGACACCCUCAUCGUCUGGGUUUGCGGAGUGCUGCUUGGGUGGGUUAUUCCCCUAACUCAAGAUGUUCAACGCAGCCCGAUUACACAGUCCUUGAACGUUCUCAGAAGCAUGCGGACUCUACGGUUCUUCAACUUCUUGAAGACCUUCGAGAGCUUUAAGAUGCUUCUGGCCGGAAUCCUCGGGACAGCCACCACGUUGGCAGCAUGCGUAGCUUUGCUGGCAAUGGUGGACCUGUUGUUUGGCAUCCUAGCAAUCGAGCUCAUUGGCAACUUCGAGGCGUGGGGAAAUGCGCCACGAGGCCCCUGGCCAUUUGUGACCAGCUCAUACCAGCUCUCGGUACAACGAGUUCAGUAG